GCUGUGGUCAACCGUCUCAGGGAGGAAGAGGAGGAGAUGCAUCGUGUUCUGUCCCAGGGUGCACUGCGGCAGAUGGCCUACGUGCGGUCCAUGGUCGUGGGCCUGUCAGUGUGUGAGGCUCGCCUGCCCCCCGGGCCAGGCCAGCGCUGGGUCAGUAGCUCAGCCGUUAACAGGGCAGGCCAACCAGAGGACCAGGACCCACCCAGCCAUCCCCCCAGCCUGGCUGGAACAGAGCCUCUCUAUGGAGCAGACUCCUCCAAGCUGCCUGUGGAGGCCCUACCGCAGGCCCCAGAGAUAGACCCUCUGCAGGACAAGUCCAUUGGUCUGGUCCAGAGGUUCAAGAAGACAUUUAAGCAGUAUGGGAAGGUGAUGAUACCUGUCCAUCUCCUGACCUCCAGCGUCUGGUUCGGGACCUUCUACUAUGCUGCUAUGCAGUGAGUCACCUGUCUCUGGUGUUCCUCCCCUUGGGGAUUCCUACAUUAACCCUAACCCACCUGUCUCUACAUUAACCCUAACCCACCUGUCUCUACAUUAACCCUAACCCACCUGUCUCUACAUUAACCCUAACCCACCUGUCUCUACAUUAACCCUAACCCACCUGUCUCUACAUUAACCCUGUUUAAACCCUAACCCACUGUCUCUACAUUAACCCUAACCCACCUGUCUCUACAUUAACCCUAACCCACCUGUCUCUACAUUAACCCUAACCCACCUGUCUCUACAUUAACCCUAACCCACCUGUCUCUACAUUAACCCUAACCCACCUGUCUCUACAUUAACCCUACCCUGUCUCUACAUUAACCCACCACCUCUACAUAACCCACCUGUCUCUACAUUAACCCUAACCCACCUGUCUCUACAUUAACCCUAACCCACCUGUCUCUACAUUAACCCUAACCCACCUGUCUCUACAUUAACCCUAACCCACCUGUCUCUACAUUAACCCUAACCCACCUGUCUCUACAUUAACCCUAACCCAUCUGUCUCUACAUUAACCCACCUGUCUCUACAUUAACCCAUCUGUCUCUACAUUAACCCACCUGUCUCUACAUUAACCCUAACCCACCUGUCUCUACAUUAACCCUAACCCACCUGUCUCUACAUUAACCCUAACCCACCUGUCUCUACAUUAACCCUAACCCAUCUGUCUCUACAUUAACCCUAACCCACCUGUCUCUACAUUAACCCUAACCCACCUGUCUCUACAUUAACCCUAACCCACCUGUCUCUGGUGUUCCUCCCCCCUGGGGAUUCCUACAUUAACCCUUGAGUGUGCAAAGCUGUCAUCAAGGCAAAGGGUGGCUAUUUGAAGAAUCUCAAAUAUAACAUGUGUUUUGAUUUGUUUAACACAUUCUUUGCUUACUACAUGAUUCCAUAUGUGUUAUUUCAUAGUUUUGAUGUCUUCACUAUUAUUCUACAAUGUAGAAAAUAGUAAAAAAUAAAGAAAAACCCUUGAAUGAGUAGGUGUGUCCAAACAUUUAACUGGUACUGUAUAUAUAUUUAUUUUUCUCAGGAUUUUGGAAAUUCUCCCUGGGACCCCAUUUCUUGUUUCUUUCCGUUCUAACGUUCAACAGUAACUGGAUGCCUGUCUGCCUGCUGGAUAGCCACGGCCACGUCACUGUUUGUAGAAGCUAACCAUUUUGGUGAUCUAGGUGGUGUACCUAAUAAACCUUCAUGUGAAGGCACAGUAUCUGGCCUUAGUUAACCUCACUGUAUCUUCCACAGGGGAGUGAAUGUGGUGCCUUUUCUGGAGUUCAUCGGUUUACCAGAGAAGAUUGUUGGUCUGCUGAAUCACUCCUCUGGUGGCUAUGCCCUCACUGCCUAUGCCAUGUACAAAGUAAGAAUACUCACCGCCUUGUGAUAUGUACAAAGUAAGAAUACUCACUGCCUAUGAUACAGUGGAUUCGGAAAGUAUUCACUCCGUGACUUUUCCCCCAUUUUGUUACGUUACAGCCGUAUUCUAAAAUGGAUUCAAUAGUUUUUUCCCCUCAUCAAUCUACACACAGAACCCUAUAAUGACAAAGCAAAAACAAUCACAUUUACUUAAGUAUUCAGUCCCUUUACUCAGUACUUUGAAGCACCUUUGGCAGUGAUUACAGCCUCGAGUCUUCUUGGGUAUGACGGUACAAGCUUGGCACACCUGUAUUUGGGGAGUUUCUCCCAUUCUUCUCUGCAGAUCCUCUCAAGCUCUGUCAGGUUGGAUGGGGAGCGUCGCUGCACAGCUAUUUUCAGGUCUCUCCAGAGAUGUUCGAUAGGGUUCAAGUCCGGGCUCUGGCUGGGCCACUCAAGGACAUUCAGAGACUUGUCCCGAAGCCACUCCUGCGUUGUCUUGGCUGUGUGCUUAGGGUCGUUGUCCUGUUGGAAGGUGAUCCUUCGCCCCAGUCUGAGGUCCUGAGUGCUCUGGAGCAGGUUUUCAUCAAGGAUUUCUCUGACUAGUCUCCCAGUCGCUGCCACUGAAAAUCAUCCCCACAGCAUGAUGCUGCCACCACUAUGCUUCACCGUAGGGAUGGUGCCAGGUUUCCUCCAGAUGUGACACUUGGCAUUCAGGCCAAAGAGUUCAAUCUUGGUUUCAUCAGACCAGAGAAUCUUGUUUCUCAUGGUCUGAAAGUCCUUUAGGUGCCUUUUGGCAAACUCCAAGCGGGCUGUCAUGUGCCUUUUACUGAGGAGUGGCUUCCGUCUGGCCACUCUACCAUAAAUUAAAGGAAUGAGUGGUGUUGGGUGGAUUUUUCCUUUAAAGGUGCAACAUGUAACUUUUUGGGAGACCCGACCAAAUUCACAUAGAAAUGUGAGUUAUAGAUCUGUGAUUCUCAUUGAAAGCAAGUCUAAGAAGCUGUAGAUCUGUUCUAUGUGCGCUAUUUCUAUGCUUCCCGUUAUGAAGUUUAGUUUUUGAGUCUUUUACUUUUGAUUUUGUAUGCUUCAAACAGCUGAAAAUACAACAUGGUUAUGGAAAAUAUAUUUCACAGCGAUUUUAAAUGGUACAAUGAUUCUCUACACUAUACCUGCUUGUUUUGUCACAAACUGAAAUUAGGCAAAUUGUUAGAAUUUUAGCAACCAGGAAAUGGCGGAGCGAUUUCUGCAUAGUGCAUCUUCAAGCAAAUGUUUACUCCUGAACUUAUUUAGGCUUGCCAUAAGAAAGGGGGUGAAUACUUAUUGACUCAAGACAUUUCAGCUUUUCAUUUUUAAUUCAUUUGUAAAAACAUAUUUCCACUUUGACAUGAUGGUGUGUUGCGUGUGUAGGCCAGUGACACAAAAUCUCAAUUUAAUCCAUUUUAAAAUCAGGCUGUAAUACAAAAAAAAUGUGGAAAUAGUCAAGGGGUGUGAAUACUUUCUGAAGGCACAGUACAAGGUAAGAAUACUCACUGCCUAUGAUAUGUUCAAGGUAAGAGUACUCACUGCCUAUGAUAUGUUCAAGGUAGGAGUACUCACUGCCUAUGAUAUGUUCAAGGUACGAGUACUCACUGCCUAUGAUAUGUUCAAGGUAAGCAGAAAUACUCACAGCAGCGUUUUGGUUGAAUAGUGGUGGUGUUAUUUUCUUCAGAUUGCAACAGCAGCUUCAAUUCACGUGUUCUACUGAACUUUAACAGUGUCUUACUUGAUCCUGAUUUCCUUCAGAUUGCAACCCCUGCCAGAUACACUGUGACUCUGGGUGGGACGUCCUUCUCAGUGCAGUACCUCCGGAAACACGGCUACUUCUCCACCCCUCCUCCCGUCAAAGACUACCUGCAGGACCGGAUGGAAGAGACCCGGGAGAAACUCACAGAGAAGAUGGAGGAAACUAAGGAACUGUUCUCUGAAAAAAUGGAGGAAACCAAAGAACUACUCUCAGGGAAAAUGGAAGAUACGAAAGAACGUUUCUCUGGAAAGAUGGAAGAGACGAAAGAACGUUUCUCUGGAAAGAUGGAAGAGACGAAAGAACGUUUCUCUGGAAAGAUGGAAGAGACGAAAGAACGUUUCUCUGGAAAGAUGGGGGAGACGAAAGAACGUUUCUCUGGAAAGAUGGGGGAGACGAAAGAACGUUUCUCUGGAAAGAUGGAAGAGACGAAAGAACGUUUCUCUGGAAAGAUGGGGGAGACGAAAGACAUGUUCUCUGAUAAACAACAGGAAACCAAAGACAAAGUGACUUACCGAAAGAAGAUAGAUUAG